AUGUUCAUUCCUACGUUAUUACUACAAAUCUAGUAGUUUUGGUCACAUUCUCAUAAAACACUCGUUACGUCACAUUAACAUCUCUAGCUACAACUUACAACACUUCAUUACUUCAACAUGUUGUUGACAUUGUUCUCAACGGCCGCCGCAGAGGGUGUUCCGGCGCCGUACAACUCGACGGUGGCGACGCGGCUGGGGCGGCGGCGGAUUCCGAUACACACGACGUUCUACUGGAGCCACAAGGUGGACAUACUGUUCCGGUGUUGGCCAGGGGACAGCGCGGGCAUGUACGCGGUGGCGCUGCUGCUGGUGUUCGGCAUGGCGGUGUUGGUGGAGUGGCUCUCGUUCACCAACAUCGUGAAGCUCAAGCCUGGGGCCUCGAACGACGUCGUUGGGGGGCUCCUUAAGACGGGGCUAUACGGCGUGCGUUCCGGGCUCUCUUACUUGGUGAUGCUGGCUGUCAUGUCGUUUAACGGAGGCGUGUUUGUCGCCGCAAUUGGUGGCCACGUCAUCGGUUUCUUGAUUUUCGGGACGCGGGCUAUUAUUCGGAAGAAAUCGGGUGGGUUGGAUUCUUCCAAAGCGUAGCGUGCACCCGUUUUCGAACUUUGGAAUGAUGCCGUUGGAUUGGGAAUAACGAGGAUCGUUCGUGGGAGUGUGAUUUUUCUGAAUUCUUGGGAGAAAUAAACAGAUGAAAAUGGUUGAAAACGGCGUGGUUUUGCCUUUCCUGCGAUGGUAAACUGCCAAGAAAAAUAAAUUAUGAUGGUGUUUUUGCAUUAUUGUAAGUUAAUUCGUUUCAUGAAAGUGGAAGAAAUUUAAUUUAAUUGGAUGCUUUUCAUAAUCUGUGCAUUAGCUAAUCAUAAUAGUAAGUAUCAUUA